AAUCCCUGGAGAGAACGACCGGUCGUUCGUCGUGACCAUUCACAAUUGGAAGUCGCUUCCAACAGGACGCACGACAAGCGGCACUGCGCGGAAAUGUGAUUUAUUUCCCAGUGUGUAUUUUAUUGACUUUUUGAAAGGAAAAGGGCGUGUUACAUCCUACAUGCUUUGUUACGCAACUUUCGGCAAUAAGUUACUGUUCUAAAAUCUAAAAUUAAGUGAUUUGCUAAAGCACUUUAACCGAUAAGUGAUAAUGUUUUAAAAAACAAUAUACAUUCCAUUUUUUUCUGUGGGCUCUCAUUGCUCUCUCUCACACUGAAGUAAACUUUUCCCAACUCAAACUCGCCAGGUGAAAAACGCAAAGCCGAACAAAGUGUGAGGUCAUGUGGAAAGUGGUUGCAGUUCAGCAACUUCCGCUCGAGUGCAAGGACAUCGAGGACGCGCUUCAAGUGUAAAGGACACUCUCUGGAGUGGACUCUCAUUUGUGUUGUUUGUCGGCAGACGACGACGACGACGACGAUGAUGGCUCAGUGAAUAAACUCAUUAGAUAUGACCUGGUUGCACUUCUUAGGGUGGUGGUGAGCGUUUUGUUUUGGUGUUUCUGUUGGUGUUAUCACGAGUUAUUGAUAAGAUUAGAACCUCGAACUGAAAAGAGAGAGAGACACACAAGUUCACUGCCAGCAAACUGUUGCGACGACGUCAACGAGCUUUUUCAAAGUGCGAAUCAGAGCAAUUUGUGCAAUUUAAUCAGUGAAUAUUUAAAAUAGUAAAAGUAGUUAAAUCAGCAUCAACUAUGAGUGGCCCACGACCGAGAAUCCUGCAGAAAUUGACCGCCCACGGCAGUGACGUCACGUCGGUGGACUUUUUCGGAAACUCGCUGCUCGUUACAGGGUCAAGCGACAAAACCGUUCGCGUAUGGCGCUGGACCGCUGGAAGCGGCUUCAACGAGGAGUCCUUCUCGCCGCUGCUGGGUCACAAGUACGGCGUGACGAGCGUCCGGGUGUCACCGAAGGGUGCCGUGCUAGCCUCAGCCUCGGUCGAUGGCACCGUCAUCUUGUGGAACCUGUCCACCGGUGAGGAGACGCACGUCCUCACCCAGGCAGCUGGCGAAGCGAUCCGGGCGUGCAUUUUCAGCCCGAACGGGGGUUCGAUCGUCAGCUCCGACGACAGUGGCUCGAUCUGCGUUUGGGGAUUCGACAAGUCGCUGAAGCGCCAAAUGAAGAUUCAUGACGAGGCAAUUCACACCAUCGCUUUCUCUAGCGACUCGAGCGUACUGCUGACGGCAUGUACUCUUGGCAACAUUCGAUUCUACGCCGUCGAGGAUGACUUUGAUGCUGAAAUUACAAAGCCGGAUUGUUCUAUUGACGCCGCUCACGACAUGGGCGUCCUCUCGGCGGAUUUCUGCAAGAUUGUUCACACCGACCCCUCCGAUCACGUGUCCUUCAUCUACACGGUGGCCACGUGCGGCACGGACCACUUUAUCAAAAUUUGGCGCCUGUUUUACAUCCCGGCCAAUGUGGACCGGUCGCGCAAGUCCCGACUCAUUCCAAACACGCCGCAGGAACACUUUGCCGGCCAAGCGACCAUCUACAGCACCGAGGUGAUGAAUGCCAGCUGCGUCCAGACGAUUGCCGCCCACGGCAGUUCGGUGACAUGCGUUAGGUUCAACAGCACCGGCACGCUGCUGAUAUCGAGCAGCCUCGAUAAGACCAUCAAAAUCUGGAACCAGCAGGGGUCGUGCCUGAAGACACUGUCUGCGCACACGCGGUACGUCAACUGUUUGGCCGUCAACAGCGACUCGACGGUGAUUGCGUCCGGGUCGAAUGACCGGUCCGUGGUUAUCUGGGACCUCACGGAAAACCUCACACUGGACUCUCACAUUACCGGAAUCCGGUCGCUGCUGUUUACGUUGGCCUCCAAGACGGCCGACACUCCGCUCGAGUAUAUCUGCCCGAUUACGCACGAGAUCAUGCGGGAUCCGGUGUACGCCGAAGACGGCUUCACGUACGAGCGUAGCGCAAUCCAGGAGUGGUUUGGCCGCGAAAAGGUCGUCUCGCCGAUGACAAACGCGGAGCUGACCACCGACGAGCUGGUCGAGAACGGGAAGUUGAAGCAAAAAAUCGAGGAAUACAUCAAACUGCUGGACUUGGACGGCUUCGAGUGAAUCGUGAUGGAGGAAGAUUUUUUUUUAAUUUCAUUGUUUGAAAAAUAAUGUUUUUUGUUUUCCUUUUCUAAGUGUAUUUUACAUCACUUUUCUCUUGUGAUAACAAUUUAACACGAAAUUGAUGUGUAUCUAUACAUUGGUAGGAAUAUAUACUUACAAUAUACUGGCACGAAGAUAAUAUAAUACACAAUUACAGCCAUAUCUAACUUUAAGGUGUUAAUCAGCGCCGUUUUGUAGAGAGCGCGGUUUGUUCACUUAUUUGGAUAUACCCAAAACUUUCAUAAAACAAAUAACAACAGUCGUGGUCAAAUGCUGUGGAGCGAAACGAUUAGUAAAAUUAAAAAAAAAACUAAUUAAAAGACUAUUGAGCAGUUCUCUACGAA